AUGCCACACAAUUCCAGCGAGUGUUGCCCACCUCAGUCCUCUGCUAAUCCUUCCAGACCGAAACAUGCACACCCAGUUUCGGACAAGUCUGGCUAUGAACAGAAGGGUCAUUAUGAAUGUAUUGGAGAGUACGAGCAGGUAUACGUGACUGGUCCAGACGAUGCCAAGCAGGCCUUAGUCGUUGUUUAUGAUAUCUUUGGGUUCUGGGAUACAACCAUUCAAGUACGUGUAGGCGUAUAUGGUAUCAUGCUAAGGAAUUAG